AUGUUUCAUAGCAGAGUGUUUGCUUCAAUCUUGAAGAAAAACAGAGGAGGAGGAUCCAUCAUCAACGGUGCAAUAACCAAUUUCAAAGGAACAAAAACAACACCUUUGAAUCACUUGAGAGACUUUCAUCAACAACAAAACCCAUCAUCAAGAUCCUUCCUUUAUGGCUUCAGAUCACUCUCCAAGGGUUAUAACUAUCAGUGUGUGCCAUCGUCAAUGAGGAAAAUGUCAACUGUAGCUGCUUCUGUUGGCUGUGAAAGUCAAGAGGGUCUUAGGUUGCUUGUAAAGGGUGGACCUAAAGCUCAAAAAAUGGUGGGUAUAUGGCUAUUUGGCUCUGCUGCUUGGGUUUUUAGUAUGGUGAUUCUUGGCGGUGUUACAAGGUUAACAAGGUCUGGUCUUUCAAUGACUGAUUGGAAAUUUUCUGGUGGGCUUCCUCCUUUAUCAGACCAGGACUGGUUGCUCGAGUUUGAGAAGUAUAAGCAAUCACCUGAGUAUAAAAUUGUAAAUAAAGGGAUGAGUAUUGAGGAUUUCAAGUUCAUUUACUGGAUGGAAUAUGCGCAUCGCAUGUGGGGAAGGGGAUUAGGGAUCGUGUUUGCUUUGCCAUUUUCAUAUUUUUUGCGAAAAGGGUAUAUAACAGUGAGACUUGGAGCUAAACUUUGUGGUCUUUUUGCUCUUGGUGCUGGGCAAGGUUUAAUUGGUUGGUGGAUGGUUAAAAGUGGUUUAGAGGAGCCAGCAUCCGAAUAUGCUCAACCUAGAGUUAGCCCUUACCGUCUGGCAGCUCAUCUUACUUCGGCAUUUGUUAUCUAUGGUGGGCUUUUGUGGACGGCUCUUUCUGUUGUAAUGCCUGAACCUCCUGCUGAAUCUUUAGCUUGGGUUCGUGGGGCGGCAAAAGUAAAGAGGCUUGCUCUCCCUGUAAGCCUUAUUGUUGGCAUUACUGCCGUCUCAGGAGCAUUUGUUGCUGGAAAUGAUGCUGGGCAUGCAUUUAACACUUUCCCAAUGAUGGGUGAUAAAUGGAUUCCUGAUGAUAUAUUCAAUUUGAAGCCACUAAUUCGCAACUUUUUUGAAAAUACGUCGACAGUGCAGCUUGACCACCGUAUCCUUGCAAUCACAAGCUUGAUUUCUAUUGGUGCUCUAUGGUGGUUCUCUAAGAAGUUGGACAUACAUCCAGCUGUGAGAUCUUUGAUUGGAGCUACUGUUGGUAUGGCUACUCUUCAGGUAUCCUUGGGGAUAUCAACCCUUCUAUCAUAUGUUCCUGUAUCCCUCGGAACUGCACAUCAGGCUGGGGCUUUAACACUACUGACACUUGUGAUUCUGCUCAAUCACACUGUGCGAAAGCCAUCUGCAUCUCUUCUCAAAUCACUGCCUCAAGUAGUGAAGACACCCUUGUAA